CCUGGCGAACGGCUAUCGUACCCCGCUAAUGUUACUUGUCUAGACACACCUACCGAGCUUUAGCUCCAGCAAGCCUUUAUUUCUUGACAAAGUACCUUUUCCCCCCUUAUAAGAUACAUGCCUUUCCCAACCCCCAGACUAAUCGAUUUGGGGCAAGGUUCGCCAGCCCCCAAAGUACCUUAUCUUGGGUGAGGUACCGGUAGUGUCAGACAAAAGGCAGCCUUACCAACAAACCACCCAAUCGCACCGCCAAUCUCUGCCUGCCGUCCCUUCUUUUCUUUCCAUCCGCAUGACUAUCGACUGGAUGAAAUAGACAGGCUUCGAUACUAGGCUGCUAGGCUGCUGGGCUACUUUUGACAGAAAACUGGCCUUGUGGCCGAAGUGGCGGCACACCCGAAAGCAAGUUCGACAAGAAGGGUUGGCUUGCAGUCCGUCGCCCUCCCCGCUCUUCUACAGUUGUUCGAGGGUGUGGUUCUGUCUCUUGUUGAAGCUUUGUGUUUUCUUACCCAUCUCAGCUUAUACAUUUUUGUAUUUUCUACUCUGUUGCCUUGUUAAAUCCAGAUUUUAUCACAAACGAACGACAGAAGCGACAAAAACUGGCAACAAACCUAGAAGAUCUCCCAAGGAAGAAACGAAUAGCACACCGGUCCAGCGAACGCCACCCACGCGACUUCCCUCCGACUCAAGUCACACCACCAAAACCCCUCUCUUCAGGCAGAAAAGGGAGCUGCUUACCUAGUACCUACCUUAUUAUUUUUUCUGCCGACAUCGCCUUUUCGUCCGCCAUUCCAUCCUUCCUCGCUUGCUAUUUAUUUUAUUUGUUUUUACUCGUGUUUUUGAUUCAACCAUAUUUUGAAACAAUCCCCGUCUUCUGCGCUGUGCCCACUUCAAGAAACUCCGCCUCCGCCCCCACCCAGCAAGCGUUAUGAAGGUCGAGCCGCGCAACCAUUCCGAAAACAACGACCUCCUUGGCUUCCGCGCGGAUCCUCACUUCCCCCACAUAAAACAUCUCCAGCAGCCCGUCGGUCAAUCCACCGAGUACAAGCACAUUCAGACACCACCACCGGCGUCGUUUCGGGGUUUCGACGUCGAGCCCGCCGCGGCGCUCGAAAUCAGCAUCAUGGGUCUCGCGUACAACACGUACCUGAACAGCAACAAGAUAUACGGCUGCAAAAACUGUAAGGCUCAUCUCGCUAAUCACGAGGACAUAAUUAGCCGGAACUUUCGCGGUCAACAUGGCAAGGCUUACCUAUUCAGCAUGGUGGUCAACGUCGAAACGGGAGAGCCCAACGAGCGCAACAUGACGACCGGUCGCCACAUUGUCAGGGACAUAAUGUGCAAGCAGUGCAAGGAGAUCGUCGGGUGGAAGUACGACAAGGCCUAUGAGGCUACGGAGAAGUACAAGGAGGGCAAGUUCAUACUCGAGGCCGAGCUGCUGUGUAGUGUAUCUUGAGCAUCUCGGGACGAGAUGUCGAGAUAGGGGAUGUGUGGAUUACACUGCCUGGAGCAAAGGGUAUGUUUUAUUCAUUUAUUUGCAUGGGCGAACAGUCCGCGAUGGUAUGACUUGCAUGUUACACCCAACGGUGCGCUCGGGUCUCAGCCAUGGGCCAUGGGAACGUCAGGUGUGCAUAUUUUGUCAUAUCUUUCUCCGAUUUCCCCUGCACACGCAGAUUCCAAAUGUGGUGUUCUUCCUGUUACCCCGGUUGGGAAGACUGAACUUUUUUUCUCUCUUAUUUCACCUGCGGGAAUUUUCGCACAAAGGCGUUUAGAGCAUCUUUACAUGGGUUACGACGGGGUUCAAGCUUGGUUCAUAGGAAAACAGUACGAUGAUGAAUCAUACACCAUCGACCCAAAUACAAAACUUUUACGAAUAAUUAUCACAAAGUAAUAUAUAUGAGAGAUGUCGUAUUAUCCCGGUACUGCCCGCAGUUACACAGGUUCUUGAUGUCCCGGGGAAACAUUGUCAUGACCAACCAGCGGGUCAAUCUUUCUCUCCAACUGCUUGGGGUUGCUGACAGCGGAUGCCUUGACAGCCAUGCCUCCAUCUGGUCUCUCUAUCCAGAUGUCCCACGACUCAUUGGACGGAGGGGCCUCGGUGGAUGGGAUGGCUGCGUCGGCGCUCGGAACGCGGCGGACGCAGACUCGCAUGGUCUCACCUACAUAGAGCGGUGCCAGGUUACGGUACCGGAUGCUCACAAUAUUGCUCAACGGAGAUGCGGCGGCCUGCAGGGCCUUCAACAUGAGUACCAGGCUCAGGGGUCCGUGGACCAGCAGGUCGCGGUGGCCCUCGCUGGCGCGGCAGUACUCGCGGUCGAGAUGGAUCAGGUGCGCGUUGUGGGUCAGGGCACUGAAGUGGAACAGGAGGCGGCGGGACGGCGUGAGCUCGAAGCUGUAGUCUGGCUUAUGAGGCGAGGGCGCCCUGACCGUCCUGCUGCUGCUGCUGCUGCUGCUGCUAGCGGUGGUUUGGUCUCGGGCCUUGGCCACGUCCACCUCGACCUCCUCGUCGCGGAG